UUGAAAAAUCAGUUUGAGUGUGCAAAAUUAUUGUGUCUCACCGUUAAAAGGUGCAAAAUGGCAGCGAAAAAAAGAAAGUUUUCCGAAGAUUACAUUAAGUUUGGAUUUACUUUCAUAGAAAAAGAUGAGUUACAAUUGCCUCAGAGUGUGAUAUGUAUGAAAGUUUUAAAAGUACGCUGGCUGUCCAAAGGCAACAUGUUGGCUCGCCUUUAUGAAUUGCAAGAAGAGGUAAUUAUUUUUCUUGAGUUCAAAGAAAAACACGAUUUGCUCACAAUGUUCAAAGAUGACACAUUUCAAUGUAUGUUGGCUUAUUUAAAUGACUUAUUUGGUGCCUUGAAUGAGCUAAACUUGAAAAUUCAGGGCAGAAAUGACACUAUAAUAAGCAAUUAUGAUUAUAUUCAAAGGUUCAUAGCAAAGCUUCAACUUUGGAAUAAAAAAUUGUCUUCUGAAAAUGUUAUAUCUUUUUCUCGGCUGUUCGAAGCAAUCAAAAAUAACAAACUAGACGCAAAUUUGAAAGCUGACAUAAAAACUCAUUUACAAGCGCUGGAAGAUGAAUUUCGCCGAUACUAUCGAGACAUCGAUUCAGAGUCACCAAUAUGGCACAUGACAAGAAAUCCAUAUGUUGUCGAUAUGUUACAAUUACCAGAAGAAGUUCAGGAAGAAUUUCUAGAAAUGAAAGCUGAUUCAUCCAUGAAAGAUGACUUCCAUCUUUUGACUUGGAGAAAUUUUGGAUCAAAAGAUUGCCUGUUAAUUCGAAACUUGCCUCUCUUGCUUUACGAGUACUAA